ACUCCGAUCAUAACUUCUUCCUUGGUGUCAUCGAGUCAAAUAAUCAUGUCGUGGUCAAAAUACCUUUCUCCAUUAUCGAUAUCAAAAUUACGAUAUUUACAUUUUCCUUUUACUCUUAUCACAGGAUCCCCUUUCUCCUUCUGUGAUUGGAUCUUGGUCAACCAUCCAAUGAACACUCCUGAUGAUCCAUUGACAACUGAUUCUGA